ACAACGGCACUAUUGGAUUCUGGAGCAUUCUCCUGCUAUAUCGACCAAAGAUUUGCUGAGAAGCAUGGGUUUAAAAUGAUACCUCUAAACCAUGAAAUCCGAAUCCUCAACGCAGACGCCAGCCCCAACAAGGGUGGCGCAAUUACUCAUCGUGUAGUCACAAGCAUCUUAAUCGGGGGGCACCGAUCAACUGAGAGUUUGCUCGUCACAAACCUUGGACGCAUGUCAAUGAUCCUCGGCAUGAAAUUUUUACAAGAACACAACCCCCGAGUUGACUGGGAACACAGAGAGGUCAUGUUCUCAAGAUGCAGACACACGAGAAAGCAACGAGUCCAAGUAUGCGAAGAAGAGGUCAACCUUCUAUCGCAACCUCGGCUCGAAGAUGAGGCAAUCCUCCCUGACGUACACAUGGAUGACGGGUGGGAUCAGGAAGAUAACUUCAUCAAUUGGAUAGACUUGCAAGACCAGGAUCUUCGUAACAUGGUGCACGACAUCCUAGGCAUAAGCAAGAAGGUAAAGGAGCAAGAAGGUAAAGGAGCAUUUGGUAGAACAGCCGGCAGAAGAGACACAGGACAAAGAAUACUGGUCCAAAUUCGUCCCUCCAGAAUUUCAUCAAUUUGGAGAUGUGUUCUCAAAGAAGAGCUCAGAAAGAAUGCCGACGCGUAAGCCCUACGAUCACGCAAUUGAUCUUGUCCCAGACGCGGCAACCCCGAGACCGGCAAAAGUAUACCCUAUGUCUUUACGAGAGAAGAAUUCGCUCGACGAAUGGAUUGACGGCGAACAAGCCAAAGGCUACAUUCGACCGUCUAAAUCCCCUUACGCCGCUCCGGUAUUUUUCGUUAAAAAGAAGGAUGGGUCUCUUAGACUAGUUCAAGAUUACAGGGCAUUAAACAGUAUCACCAAGAAGAACAAAUUCCCACUCCCCCGAAUCAAUGAUCUAAUUGACGGACUCUCAAGGGCUAGUAUAUUUACUACACUAGACCUGAGAUGGGGGUACAAUAAUGUACGCCUUCGCAAGGGAGAUGAGGAAAAAGCA